UCAGGAUACUUUGUCAGACACACAACUGCUGGAACUCAAACAGGCAUCUGCAAACAGCCAAAGAAGUUGAACCAGAAAUCUGGAAACAUCAUUAGUGCUGAUGAAGGUGUGUGGAUACUGCUGAGACACAUUUAUUGCGCAUAACCAACAAGAGAAAAACACACUUUCAUCAUUUUGAAGUUUAAGCUUACCGUCAUGGAGUCGUCAGUGAGGAAAGAGUUGAAGUGCUCGAGGAACUGCUAUCAGCAGAGUAUACGCCACAAAACAAAAAUUCCCCCAAGAUGCGACUAUUGUCUUUUUUGGCGAUGUUGAACGCUUACAAUCCUGAAGCCUACCUCCAGAUGUCUGAGUGUCAGAAGAUCCUUGGACCACCUGAUCCCAUCCAUGGAGGCCCGCCCUUUGAAGAACGAAUGGAGCCUUUCAGUGACUUCAUCAACACUUCGCCUGAACACAAAUGUACGAUUGACCAAGUGUUCGCGAAGAGUGCUGUCAACAAACUAUCUGCCUUAGGUCUUUCCAGGAGUGAGACCAUGAACACAUUCAUGGUUUCACUUUGUGGAGAUCAGAUUCAGCCACAUAUACACCAGUUCAUUAAAGAAUUGCUGACAAAGAGAGAACUGGGAGAAAAAUGGUAUCGAGAAGUUCUCAAAGUUGAUUUUAGACAUACAGAGAAAGACUAUUUUUACAAAGCUGUGUCUGUCUUGGAAACGGCAUCUGAUAAACUGAGAGAGAACCCCACCUUCCCCCAAACUAUUUCUCGUCUCUAUUACAUCAGAGGAGGCAUCACUGACUAUAGAAAAGCUGAAGAGUGGGCAAUCAAGGCCAUUAGAAGAGCUCCAAACAACUCUUAUGUUGCUGACACUCUCGGGCAGGUUCAUAAGAACCAUCUGUUGAGGAAGGCCUGGCAAUUUGAGGACAUCUUACGCAAGGCAAAAGCGGCCUUUAAAGCCUUUAAAGAUGUUGAGUUGAAAGCUGACAAAGUAGAGGGCCGAGAAAUGGUGGACUUAGCAGGUACUGCAAGCAUUUCAGUUUCCUUCAACAACAGAGGCUGCUUUGGCUUCAUGCAAGUGGCAAAGAUAGCCUUUGAGAAACUCAGCAAGGUUAAAUCUGAUCCCUCAUCGAAACACAUCUUCAUCCAGGGAAAGAAAAUGGAAGUUGAAGCCAAGUUCUCCUUCUUCGAAUGGUACCUCGCUUACUCUAACCCUGACAGGAAAUCCUUGGAGCCAGUUUACUUCUGGAAGGACAUUGUUCUUUGUUACGAAAUGUACACAACAAAAAAAGCAACUGAAUCCAUCACCUUUCCAGGCCUCCUCGAUAGUCUGAAUCGCGGCCUUUUCACUUCAAAGGGAAGGCGUGCUUUCUUUGAGGAGCACAAGAAAACAGUGUCUGAUUUGGAGGGAAUCCGAGAUUAUUUGAAAGCCAAUUGCGAGGCGCAUCUUGACGAUGUCAAAGCGUCUGAGAGUUACAUACUCUCCAACAUCAUCUUGAGCAACAGGAUGCACAACUCUCCAAAGCUCACCCCGGUGCAAGAACUCCAAGCAGUAAUACACCGAUUCUUAGACGCAGAAAAAUAUUGCAGAAGCCCUGAGUUUUACCUUUUGGUUCUGCUGUUGUUUUGGUCUGACGGAGAACCUCAGGCGGUGCAAGAAGAGGAGGAUGAAGAAGACGAACAACAGAGCACAGAGGAUGACUGGUCCGCAAACAAAACCUUGGAGGAUGAGGGAAGCGAUGAUGAUCAAGAACCCAGAGGAGGGCCUGUACUACUUUCCCUUGACCGCUUGUUGGACCCUGAUCUGCAAAAGUAUGUCACAUUAAUGGAGGAAGCUUUCAAGAGAACCAAGUAUGCCAAGUACCUUCGAGGUCGGUACCUCUUGCCUCUCUUCUUUCUGGGGAAGGGCUCUGGACUUUGCAAAUGGAUUCACAAAUCCAAAUUGGAUGCAAUUGUCGAAGAACAAGUGGAUGCUGAGCUAGCUGAUGAACAAGGGAAGAGAUUCAAAAAGAAAUGGAAGCGGAUCAAUGAAAUGUGGAUCACAGGGGAUGCGUGGCGUCUCCAAGAAAUCCAAGACAUCCUGUGCCCAAUCAAGGUGGAGCUAUGCCAGCCUCCACACAUUCAACAGGAUCACAAGAUGGUGUAUGUUUUUGCUGGGGGGAAGAAAAUACUAGCUAAAAUCAAUGUUGAACCUGAUGAUGAUUUAGCACUAAGUCCAGUGCUUUUCUAUCUUAGCUUCACCAUCCAGGGUCCUCUCGUCUUCAGAGUGAGAUAUCCUCCAACGACUGGACAGUGAUUGCAUGAAUUACCACUUUGGGACAACAAGAUGAAUGUCUGUUCCAAGCGUCAUGGCCACCCAUUCAGUAGUUGCUGAGAUAUGUCAGUCUGGACCAAAACGAGGGACUGACCAACAUUUUUAUCCCUAGAGCAGGGGUGUCCAAACUACGGCCCGGCGACCAGAUGAGUGGUCCAUUUUUCUUUUAGCCCGCAGAAAUAUGACUCCAAUGCAAAGUACAGUGUAAAUGUUCAUGUUCACAUUUUUCAGAAGACUAGUAAACCAUCUGUCUCGUUUUUGAGGUUGUAGUAUAGCUUUAACCAUAUGUCCCACAAAUUAUUUUUAUUGAACCCUUAUGUUUUACCAAUUUCUGUGUAAUGUCAAUUGAUGUGUAAUAAUGAUUCUCUCAAAAUCAGAUACUCAUUCUUUGACUUGUUUAUUUAACCAUUAUUGACUUUACUUUAACAGUAUCUUAACCAUGUGGCUUCCAUUUGAAAAAUCCUGGAAGUGUAAUUGAUUAUAUUGGUUUUGAGACUGAUUUAAUAUUAAAUGAAGCACAUCAUGUUUUUUUAUUUUAAUGUACUUUUCCAACAAAGCCUACAUGCAUAGUAAACAAAAUAUAUUGUAUUUGCAGUUCUUAUUUCUUUUUAGUACUUAGUUGUACUUUUUGUUAUUUUUAACAUAAAUCCAUGUUGCAAAAGGAAUAUACAAAUACCUUUGUAAAUAAUGUAUGCAUGUUUUUUGUUUUAGCAAUAAACAUUGAUUUAUAUAUUAGAGUUUUGAUAAAAUAAGGCCUGUCUUAAAAAACAAUGGUCAGGCAAUAGUUAAAAAAACUGUAAUAACCAGUGGUGGAAACUAAAUAGUACUUUACUUAAAUACACAUUCUACACAGUGAUACUUCACCUGAGUAUUUCCAUGUAAUACUACUUUAUACUUCUACUGCACUACAUUUAUUUUCCAGAUCUAUUUACUAGUUACUUUACACAUUCAGAUUAUGACAGUCAAUACUUAGGAAACACCUUUAACAUAUUAUUAUUAUUCUGUAUAAAUUAAACCAUCCAACAUUAUAUGUCAGUAGCUAAAACCACAAUGGGUUAACUAAUAUUUUACAGUUUCUUAAAUGUGAAGAUAUUCUGCUUUUGCUUUAAAAUAUUUAGAGCAAGUAUAUUUUUCUUCUUGCACUAUUUUAUUGUUUUUCAAAUGUGUGUUAUUGCUUUUUAAGCCUUGUAUGUAUUUAUGUUGCACUGUUGGAGGAGUCUGGAACUUUCCUUGCCAUAUCGACACUGUAGCUAUAUGACAAUAAAGCCUUCGAAUCUUGAAUGCAA